GUUGUUUUUGUUGUUAUUGUCGUCAAAAUGGCGACUGGCGGAGAGGCCCCGGAGCCCUGGUACCUUGCGCUGCUCGGCUUUGCCGAACAUUUUCGCACUUCCAGUCCUCCUAAAAUUCGCCUGUGCGUACACUGUCUCCAAGCUGUGUUUCAGUUUAAGCCUCCGCAGAGAGUAGAAGCACGGACGCACCUUCAGCUUGGCUCGGUGUUGUAUCACCACACCAAGAACAGCGAUCUCGCCCGGAAUCAUCUUGAGAAAGCGUGGUUCAUCUCGCAACAAGUUUCACAGUUCGAAGAUGUUAAAUUCGAGGCUGCCAGUCUCCUCUCUGAGCUCUACUGCCAACAGAACUUGGUUGAUUCUGCUAAGCCGUUACUACGCAAAGCCAUCCAGAUAUCCCAGCAGACUCCUUACUGGCACUGCAGAUUGCUAUUCCAGCUAGCUCAACUACACACACUAGAGAAGGACUUGGUGUCUGCGUGCGACCUUUUGGGAGUAGGAGCCGAAUAUGCCAGAGUCGUGGGUUCUGAGUAUACCAGAGCCCUGUUUCUUCUGAGCAAAGGGAUGUUGCUGCUGAUGGAACGUAAGCUCCAGGAGGUGCACCCUUUGCUCACGUUGUGUGGGCAGAUUGUGGAAAACUGGCAGGGAAACCCAAUACAAAAGGAGUCCCUCCGGGUCUUUUUCUUAGUUUUGCAGGUCACACAUUACCUGGACGCUGGACAGGUCAAGAGCGUGAAGCCGUGUCUGAAGCAGCUGCAGCAGUGUAUCCAGACCAUCUCCACGCUUCACGAUGAUGAGAUCCUACCCAGUAACCCUGCAGACCUCUUCCACUGGCUACCCAAGGAGCACAUGUGUGUGCUCGUUUACCUGGUGACAGUCAUGCACUCAAUGCAAGCUGGCUACCUGGAGAAAGCACAGAAGUACACAGACAAGGCACUCAUGCAACUAGAAAAACUAAAAAUGCUGGACUGCAGUCCCAUCCUGUCCUCAUUCCAAGUCAUCCUGCUGGAACACAUCAUAAUGUGUCGCCUGGUUACGGGACACAAGGCGACAGCACUGCAGGAGAUCUCUCAGGUGUGCCAGUUGUGUCAGCAGUCUCCACGCUUGUUCUCCAACCACGCGGCUCAGCUCCACACACUAUUAGGGCUUUACUGCAUUUCAGUGAACUGUAUGGACAACGCAGAGGCGCAGUUCACCACGGCCUUACGGCUAACCACGCACCAGGAGUUGUGGACCUUCAUCGUCACCAACCUGGCCAGCGUCUACAUCAGAGAAGGCAACCGGCACCAAGAGCUCUAUAGUCUGCUAGAGAGGAUAAACCCUGACCACAACUUUCCUGUGAGCUCUCACUGUCUCCGUGCUGCAGCCUUUUAUAUUCGCGGACUGCUAUCCUUCUUCCAAGGCCGCUACAACGAGGCCAAGCGUUUCCUUCGUGAAACUCUAAAGAUGUCCAAUGCAGAGGAUCUAAAUCGACUGACGGCCUGCUCCCUUGUUCUCCUUGGACACAUAUUCUACGUGCUGGGAAAUCACAGGGAGAGCAACAACAUGGUGGUUCCAGCCAUGCAGUUGGCCAGCAAGAUUCCUGACAUGUCUGUACAGCUGUGGUCCUCUGCUCUGCUCAAAGAUCUGAACAAGGCCUGUGGGAACACGAUAGACGCACAUGAGGCCGCGCAGAUGCACCAGAACUUCUCCCAGCAGCUCCUGCAGGACCACAUAGCUGCUUGCAGCCUGCCUGAGCACAACCUCAUCAGUUGGACAGAUGGACCUCCUCCAGUGCAGAUCCAAGCUCAGAAUGGACCGACAACCAGUCUGGCCAGCCUGCUUUGAAUAUACAACGCACCCUUUACACACUUAUACUCACACCCUCACUCUCAGUGAGCACACGAAUUGUACAUACAGGUCAGCCUCCUCCGAACCCUUACUACCACACAAACUCAGAAAGAGACAGGACUCCACUGCUUUUGGCCUGCGGAUUUUAUUUGUAUUGUUCAUAUUUUAACUUAUUCUUAUUGAACAGGUAAACUGUUGGGGACAUGAGAUUUAAUUCAGUUUUCAGGAGGGGGGAGACAGUUAAGACAUGUCACUGUGGACACGACAAGUCUAAUUUACUGCUUAUGAACCUCCACACAUGGCAAAGGACAUGUAUAACAAACGGAGAAGGCUUUACUAGGCCAUAAACUCCCUUCAGAGAGUUUGCAGCCUGUGCAGUCAUAGGCCAUCACAGAAAUUUUAGAGACUGUUCUGAUUGGUUGAUCGGCCAUCAGGCUGCAUAAUGUGAGGCUUCAGAAGGUUCUUGCCUGUAAAUGUCUUUGAAGCUACUAGUGAAGCCAUUUCUCUUCAUAAUAGUGAUUUCAAAUUUAGGUUGAUAUUCAUAACAGUGAGAACGUAAUUGGCCCAUUCUGCCAUAUAUGUAUGUUCAUGUAUGUAUUUGGCUGUAAAGAUGUUUCCAACAUUUUUUUUCCCCCAACUAAUUAUCAUAAUUAUUAACCUGUUAAAUUAUUUUAAUUUCAGCACAUUAUCCACAACCUUAUCUAGUUCUAAAUGAAACAUGUGGAGGUGUGUGUUGGGUUGGCAUUGAAACAGCAGCAUCGCCCAGUCGGUGGGUGGGAGGUAGUUGUACUUUAAUAAAUAGUGGAUUCUUUGGUAAACAAGCCAGUUGCCUUGAGUUUAGGUAAUCCAGAGAAGCAUUUCUUAGCCGAGAUGUAGCCAGCCAGACAGUCUGCGUUUUUGCUCUGAUCCAUUUCUUACAUACCUGAGCCAAGCCAUUAAGAACACUGAAUACCUGGUACAGGUGUACUGGCAGUGGAACUAGGUCCUGAGGACAGGUCUGUGGAACACCAGUCUGGAGUUGACCCUGCACCAGUACUGUUGAGAUCUGCUAUCUUAAAUUAAUCCCAAAACUGGCCUGUUAAGACCGGCAUUCAACCUCAGUAGAGCAGUCCCCUGUUCUCUGGGCCUUGUGUGUGAUCCAGAAUGUAGAGAUGCAUUUAUCUACAAGGACACAGUGAGGACAGUAGUGUUGCUCGGUCAGAGCAAACCUUUAAAAAAAGAAAAAUAAAGUGACGCUAAUGUCUGGUUCCAUGAAAUAUUCUCUUUUGUGAGAACAUUGAAUUUGUUUGCUCAAAAGAAACCAAGCUUUGAAGGGCAGCUAGCAGUUUUAGUAGGGAAUAUAGGUGUAGUUGGAACAGAACAAUCCUUGGCUACAUUUAAGCACCAUGGGAUCGGGAUGUCUUUAAUGCUGUCUAAACCACAUCUCUAUGUUUCAGAACUGUUGUAUUUCAUUAUUUUAUUUUUAAUCUAUAUCUAAAAUGAGUAAAUACAUAGUAAACUUCUUUUUACAAAAUGUAUGUCUUGCGUGGGAUAUUCUGAAGUUUGUACAGAAUUUUUCUAUUUUGAACCUGCAGAUACUUAAGCAGUAUCAGUCUUCAUUACCAUGACAGUUUUAGUAAAAAGAACAUUUGCGGUUUAGGGAAUGCUGUCCUUCAUGUGAACACGUUUUUGUUUUUUGUUUUUUUCUUUAUUUGUUUUGUCUGUGGCACAGUACUAGUUAUUGAUCAACAGAAUUGAAGAUUGAAGCAUAAUUGCUCAUGAGGACUUGAAGCUUUGAAUGAGUAAGACUCAUUACAACUUGCCUAAAAACACCAGCAUACUAUGUAUUGCAUAACGGGCCUUCAUCUUUUAGUUUAACAGUUUCAUAAUCAUUCAUCACCUGAUAUUUAUUGUUAAACUAUUUUAUGCUUGAGUGAUGUCAUCACUCCUGCUGUAACACACAGCUCCCCUACAAACAUUUUGCUCAUGCAGUGUAACAAAUUGGACUUCACUGGGAAUGUGUACAACAUGCAACCAACAGAGGGCGCUGCAGAGUUGUAUGUGGCUACCUUCUACAGGUCAGCAUCAAGAUGCCUGAUCCACAGGACCCAGGGCCGAUAUUCACAAAGCACCUAGCUUAGAUGGCUGUUUCAGGAUCAGCUUCUUGAAGCCAAGAGUAGUAUAACAGAGUUCUCAGUCAUCUUUCCACUUCUGAGAGCAAUGCUAAAUACAGGCUUCAAUGCCUUACGUGUAUAGACUGCACGCGAAGGGACAAGAACGUUCUCUUCUUGAUCGCAGGAGGCAGGUGUAGUGAAACUCAGAAACAUUUUGUAAAAUUCUAGUAAAUAUUUCUUAAUUAUGAUUGAAGCCCUUGAUAUCAGUAGAAAACCCCUUUUCCUCUCCCUUUAGUGUCAUUUUCUUUUCUUUUCAGACACUGUAUUUUUUGUACUUGUCUCAAUGCUGGGUUUUGUUUUUGUUUUUGUUUUUUUAACACAAAGCCUGUUUAAACAGUUUUCUUUUUAAGAUAUUUACCCCCUUUUCUGUAGUUUUAAACAAAUAAAUCCAUUUAUUAAAUUUUGUAAAGUUUGAAUAUUUAUAUACCACAUAUAUCCAUAUUAUCUUUGUCAUUAUUUUGAUUCAUCAAAUUUAAGAAACUGCAUAAAUGGUACAAAAAGCAGUUGCACUGUGUCUUUUUUAUCUCAUGCUUUGAAUGCAUAUUCUUUCAAGGACACAUAAUGGACAGUUUAUGAUAAAGUCUAGAUGUUGAGAAGAGCUUUGGACCUUUCUGAAAUGUAUAGGCUGCUAAUUGUCCUAGAAAUUCAGGACCUUGUGAAGUUUUAACUGAAUUAUUAAACUCUCAACUGGU